CGCGCACCGGAAGUCAUCCGUAGAUUCAGAACACUCGUUUCCGGCAAAAAAAGUGCGGAUAUUUUGUUACUACCGUGUUCACACUAACAAGAAAAAUAAUCUUGUUUGUUUCUAGUUUGAGAAUCUCUCAACCCAAUUAAUGCGAUUCGUGUGGCUAUUUAAAGCCAGUAAUAUACCUACUUUGUCGAUCUUCAUUCAACCUUUGGUGAGCCUCAUGGUUUAAAGUUCAACAAUGGCUGGGAUGUGGAGCUGAUAGCGAACUUGACCACAGGAUGGGCAUAGAAUGUGGCCCGAAGACACUGUGGAAGAUGAGCCAAGCUCAAGCUCACAGCAGUCUAUUCCACACAGGCCAGAAGCUCAACCUAGAGUAGGUGUUGGACAAGGCAGUGAUGGGGAUGUUGGGGAGUUGAGGGAGAAUGCGCUUUAUCAAGCCAUUCAACCCUACACCCCAACAGCCCAGGGUGAGAUUGCUUUGCUCCAGGAUGAUACAGUAAGAAUUAUAAGGAUCUGCCCACAAGGCUGGGUCAAAGCACUUAACACAAGAACUCGUGAUUCUGGAUUUAUACCAGUUGCAACACUGAAACUUGUUCCAGCGGCGGAACCAACAUGGAGAAACCCAUUACCUCCACCAGAUAUAGUGCCCCAUAAUGGCCCAGACUAUGUUCAAUAUACUCCACAAGUACCACCAAAAGGUGGCUCUUUAUCAUCUGCUGCACCCAUACAUGAUCCAUUUUAUGUAGAUUUGAUGAAAAAGGAGAGAGAGGAGACUGGUCAAGGAGAUCUCCAAGGUCAUCCCCAUAGACUGGUUGACGUGUUUUUUGAGACACCAAUCCUCUGCAAACUCUGUGAGUACAAAAGUAUCUAAUUUAUUAUAACUAUUUAAUCUGAGGAGACAUGAUGCCACUUUCUAGAAAGUUUCACAAAGGAAGCAGUUGUCAGUAAAAGAUUAGACUGCGCAGAAUUAAAAGAAAAAAGAAAGGAAAAAAUGAAGAAAGAAAAAAGCUGCACCUGUCAGGAAAAAUGGCACACUAUCAGGCAUUUUGCACGCAGUUCUCUGCCACUAUACUGCUCAUGUUUUCUCAUCGCUCAUACACGAAACGUGGGGCGAAAAUUUUGCUAGGCACCGCGCUAAUUUACUGCCCAUGGAAGAAGCGCCUUUCAUGACCCGAUCUCUGACCCCAGUCGG